CUAUUGAAGGGUUUUCAGCAAUGUCCUUUAUAGUUGCUUUGCGACCAUGGGAUUUUAAAAAGCCUGCUUCCCAUUCCUUCAGUCGACGCUUUAAAAGUCUGAGCUGCUUGUCAGAUUGAGUCAUGUCAGCGGGUUUUGUGCAUGCACUUCACAAUUCAUUGCAAAUACGCGACUCAGCGCGUAAAAUGGCACCUCAACCGCCGUCACAAAAAUUCAAAGUGAUUUUUUUGUUCGUUUCCCAAAGGUAUACCGCCCAAGCAGUAACCAGCUAAUUAUGAGUGUCCAAGGCUUUUGGGGUUUACAAGUCGAACCAGAAAAUACCUACACCCAGGUUGUUGAUGCUUCAUUCCGAGUCACGAUGGCCGCUUUGGGCGAGAGUUUGAUCGGGGUAGGACGAACAUGUGUAAAAGUUGUCGUAGACGACAAGGAGUUUGUUCUAUGCUCACUCUCGCCAGACAAGCACGAGCAGCAAACACUGGAUCAUACAUUUGUGGAAGGCGAAGAAGUCACUUUCAUGGCCACCGGUAAAAAUGCUGUACAUCUCACUGGUAACUACGUGCCUGAUCAAGAGGAAGCCGAUGACGAAAUGGAAAUACCGCCUGAGUUGGCAGCUCUUGCAGCUAGGAUGAGAGCCGCAGAGCAAGAUGAUGAUAUGGGUGACGAUGAAGAUUCUGAGGAAGUUGACGCAAAUCCUCUCACAAAGCUUCUCAAUCCAACUUCAGAAAUGCUAGAGUCCGACGAAGAAGACGAUGACUAUGAGGCUGGCGAUUCUGACGAAGAUGAUGAUGAAGACGAGGAAGAAGACGAAGACGAGGAAGAAGACGAAAUCGAAGAUGAGGAUGACGACGAUGAGGAUGAGGAGGAAAUUGAUGAAAUGGAGCUGGAGAAACAAAUCCUUUCAAAACAUAAGCGACCUGGUAACCAACUUCCAAGUACACCAGAGGCAAAGAAACAAAAAGCAGAGGCAACCCAGCCCAAAGCUGCCGUUGGCGGCGUCAGAAGCUUGUCUAAUGGAAUGACCAUCGAGGACUUGAAGUUAGGUCAAGGCGAAAAAGCUAAGGCGGGCAAGAGGGUAUCUAUGAGAUAUAUUGGAAAAUUAGUCAACGGAAAGGUCUUUGACAAGAACGUAGCAGGUGCACCAUUUACCUUUGCUUUGGGACGUGGAGAAGUCAUCAAGGGAUGGGACAUUGGCGUUGCUGGUAUGCAAAUUGGAGGCGAGCGUAAAUUGUCCAUACCCGCUCCUCUGGCUUAUGGAAAGCAAGGAUCACCUCCCGUCAUACCACCGAAUGCUACCCUCAUCUUCAACGUCAAGUUACUUGCCAUUAAAUAGACCUCUAGAAGAACAUGAAUAUAGCAAAGAUUAUAAACGGAGUGUGCAUACAAUACA